AAAUCUGGGUAGGAUACUGAGCGGCGGGAGAGUGGCAUACUUAUUCUAAAAUUUAACAAAAUCGGUUUAUACUGAACAUUAAUUAAGUAGAUAGUGUGUAUUUAGGCGUGUAAAUAAGGGGUAAGGUCGGUAAAGUCAAAGGUGUUUGGCAGAUAAUACUGCUGAGUGUUUUAACUGCUUGUGUCGCUGUAGCGUUGCUUUUAAGCAUUCCCCGGGAAACUGGUUUAAACGUUUGUUUUUGAGUAGCCCCUUUAGCGCUUCUGCAACAAUGGCGAAGGUACAGGUGUUGAAUGUGGCAGUUCUAGAUAACCCGAGUCCCUUUGGAAACCCUUUUCAGUUUGAAAUAACGUUUGAGUGUAUGGAGGACCUCCCCGAAGAUCUGGAAUGGAAGAUCAUCUACGUUGGCUCAGCAGAAAGUGAAGAGUAUGACCAAGUCCUGGACUCUGUCUUGGUUGGCCCAGUACCUGCUGGGAGACAUAUGUUUGUGUUUCAGGCUGAUGCCCCAAACACUGGAUUGAUUCCUGAAAGUGAUGCUGUUGGUGUAACGGUAGUGCUGAUUACCUGCACAUACCGUGGCCAGGAGUUCAUUCGCAUUGGUUACUAUGUGAACAAUGAAUACACAGACCCCGAGCUCCGUGAAAAUCCACCGAUCAAGCCAGACUACACACAGCUCCAGAGAAAUAUUUUGGCAUCAAACCCACGUGUUACCAGAUUCCAUAUAAACUGGGAAGGUUGUGCAGAGCGAAUGGAAGACUCCGAAAAUGUAGAUCCCACGUCAAACUCCAUGCUCCCUCCAGCCUGUCUCCCAGGCAAGGCUCCACCAUUGGGGUUACUACCAGAUAACUCUAUGGACUGCUUAUAGAAACAACCCCUGUCCCAAAGGUGAUGACUCACAGCACGAGACCAUAUUUUGAAGAAAUGCCUGUGGACAUUCUAGUGUGGAUUUACAGACAUCUUUGCCUUACAGCUGCCCUUAUUUAACUGAAGCUUGUCAAAAAUGAACUUGGCUUCAGAUGAGUGUUGGUUCCAGGGAAGAUAAUGAACCUCUCAGCAGUAUAAUCCUCACUUAUAGUUGGGGGGUUCCUUGCCAUGCUGUUGAAAGCAAUAUUAAAGUAGCUGAAAUCAUGGAAGGAAAAACGCUAACUAUGAAAUCCAGCUGAACUGUACAGAAAGAACAGAACAGUAAACUGAUGGAUGUUUUACCUUCCUUCCUUUUGAACUGAUUUGUACCUGUUUAAGAGGCUUUCAGCACUGAAGCAAUUGGCAAAUAAAUUGCAAUAUGUUGCUGAACAGGAAUUUCAUAAUCUUUCAUUAUACUUGUGUUAAAAUUUCAUUUGCACUUAAAACUUUUUCCCUCUUAGAUUUUGGAGUUUUGAAUGGGCUUUGUGUGGGCUAUAUCACUUCCUCCAUUUUUGUUUUGUUUUUCAAUGUUGUGUUCCAAAUAAAAGAACAUUGUAUUUGUUA